CGAGCUGUGCGAUCUCGGCGGGGCUGAACUCGUAUCGCUUGGCCGCCAGCCACCCGCGCAGCCCCUGCAGCACCAGCGCCAGCGCGCCCAGCGCCAGCCCGGCCCGCAGCGCCCGCCGCCCCCACACCGCGCCCAUGCCGCGCUCCGCCGCCCCCGGCACCGGGAGCGGGACCCGGGCCGGGACCGCCCCCGCCGCGGCCACGCCACGCACGGCCCGGGCGGCUGCGCCGGCGCGGCGGGGCGGGGCGGGAGGCUGGAAGGGGCCGAUCCCGCCGGGUUUCCGGCAGUGGGGAGGCAUGGAGCCUUCGCUGGCGGGUUCGGCUGAGGGGGGCGACCGCUUCCGCGCCAGCGAGCACCAGCACGUUCGGUACAACCCGCUGCGGGACGACUGGGUGCUGGUGUCGGCCCACCGGGUUAAGCGCCCUUGGCAGGGUCAGCUUGAGAAGCCACCCCCCGAGGAUGUGCCCCGCUGGGACCCCAAGAACCCACUCUGCCCUGGGGCCACCCGGGCCAACGGCGAGGUGAACCCCAAGUACGAGGGUACUUUCAUCUUCACAAAUGACUUCCCUGCACUGCAGCCUGAUGCUCCAGAGCCUGAUGACAGUGAUCACCCCUUGUUUCGAGCUGCCCCAGCUCGGGGCGUGUGCAAAGUGAUGUGUUUCCACCCCUGGUCGGACCUGACGCUGCCCCUCAUGUCCCUGCCAGAGAUUCGGGCUGUCAUCGAUGCGUGGGCAGAGCUGGCGACGGAGCUGGGUGCUUCCUACCCCUGGGUGCAGAUCUUCGAGAACAAGGGAGCCAUGAUGGGCUGCUCCAACCCGCACCCCCACUGCCAGGUGUGGGCCAGCAGCUUCCUCCCGAACGAGGCGUGCCUGGAGGACCGGACCCAGCGCCAGCACCUAAGCCAGCAUGGUGUGCCCAUGCUGCUGGAGUACGCUGAGCAGGAGGCUCGCCGAAAGGAGCGGCUGGUGGUGGAGAAUGCAGACUGGCUGGUCGUGGUGCCAUACUGGGCUACCUGGCCCUACCAGACCCUGCUGCUGCCCCGCCGUCAUGUCUGUCGCCUCCAGGACCUCAGUGACACUGAGAAGGACAGCCUGGCCUCCAUCAUGCAGAGGCUGCUCAUCAAGUAUGACAACCUCUUCGAAGUCUCCUUCCCCUACUCCAUGGGCUGGCACGGAGCCCCCACAGGCCCCUACCUGGAGGAGGACUGCAGGCACUGGCAGCUCCAUGCCCACUACUACCCGCCGCUGCUGCGCUCCGCCACCGUCCGCAAGUUCAUGGUGGGAUAUGAGAUGCUGGCUCAGGCACAGAGGGACCUCACUCCGGAGCAGGCAGCCGAGCGCCUGAGGAGCCUCCCCGAGGUGCACUACAAGAAGAGGGCUGAGAAAGUGUGAUGGGAAGCAGCAGAGCAUGCAGUCCUCGGAUGCUCUGUCUUCUGCCCCCAUGGCAUGCUCCUACCACCUCCAAAGGGCUUACCCUCCUUACCAGUCCAGUCUCACUGGUGGGACUGGGAUUUCUUCUGCCCCGUGGAGGGGCACAACACCCCUGGACAAUAAACUUGGAAGCAAAGUG